CAAAGUCUUUCAAGACUUAAUUAGCUAGUUAUCAACCAAACCAUCAAAACAUGAACAAAACGGCACGCAUUAACGGGAAAAUCAACUACAUUUGGGGGGUGUUAAUCCUCCUUAUGGCCGUAGUUUGUGAAGCCGGCGUCCUCCCUGCCGUUUCAGGAUUCAUACAAACCAGAGACGCCCAUUUUGUACUAAACGGAUCCCCAUUCCUCUUCAACGGCUUUAACUCAUAUUGGAUGAUGCAUGUUGCUUCAGAACCAAGCGAGCGGUAUAAAAUAUCGAAUGUUCUUCGCGAGGCUUCAGCCGCUGGGCUCAACGUCUGCCGGACAUGGGCAUUUAGCGACGGAGGUUACCAAGCUCUGCAAAUAUCUCCGGGCGUUUAUGAUGAGCGCGUCUUUCAGGGGCUGGAUUUUGUGAUCUCGGAGGCAAGAAAGUACGGAGUUCGUUUGAUUUUGAGUUUGAGUAACAAUUACAAAGACUAUGGAGGAAGGCUUCAGUACGUGCAAUGGGCUAGAACUGCCGGCGUGCCUGUUAAUAGUGAUGAUGAUUUUUACACAAACGCAGCCGUUAAAGGGUACUACAAGAACCAUGUGAAGAAAGUGCUGACAAGGAUGAACACAUUCACUAGAAUUGCAUACAAAGAUGAUCCGACGAUUAUGGGUUGGGAACUAAUGAAUGAACCACGCUGCCAUGUGGAUAUCUCAGGCAAGACCGUUAUAAACGAAUGGGUUCAAGAGAUGGCUCCCAAUGUUAAAUCCAUUGACAAGGAACACUUGUUGGGAGUUGGCAUGGAAGGCUUCUAUGGAGACUCAAUUCUGGAUCGAAAGCAAUACAAUCCUUCAGGUUACCAAGUUGGAACAGAUUUUAUAACCAAUCAUCUCGUUAAAGAGAUCGACUUUGCCACCAUACAUGCAUAUCCUGAUGCCUGGCUUCCGGGACAGAACGGCAACGCACAAAUGGCAUUCAUGCAAAGGUGGUUGACAAGUCACUGGGGAGACUCGAGGAGUGUGUUGAAGAAGCCAUUGAUUUUCGCUGAAUUUGGAAAAUCAAAGAAAGAUCCUGCAGGGUUUAGUGUAGGCGCCAGGGACGCCUUCUUGAACGCUGUUUAUACAAACAUCUACGACUUGGCCAGGGAUGGAGGAAUAAUGGGCGGCGGUUUAGUUUGGCAAAUCAUGGCUGAAGGGAUGGAAUCGCACUACGAUGGAUAUGAGAUUGUUUUAUCCCAAAACCCAUCUACAACCACUCUUAUUGCUCAGCAAUCUCGUAGGAUGACGGCUCUUCAACAUUCUCUGAAUACCUCACAAGAGUAGCAAGAACUAGGGUUUCAACAACAUGAUUUUGUCCUAGCUAUUAUAAAGAAUAACAGUGUUGCAUUUUGUUAUGGGGUUUUCUUAUAUGGAGCUGGAUUCAUGGAUAUUAUAAUCAAACAAGGCAGAAUU